CGGGCACCGUCGUCGUCGUGAACACGGCCGCGAUCGCGCGGCGUUCAGCUGCUGGCUACCAUCACCACCGCACACGUUCGCGCUUGACGCUCGCCUCGCGGACAACAGCCUGCGCUGGUGCCCGCGUGUCCGCGCGACCGACGUCGCGGUCGAUAAGCACCUGACGAGAGAGGAGGAUACAGCCAGGUGGAGGAUACCCGGAAGAAGAAAACGAGGAAGAGGAAGAGGUGGUGGUGGUGGUGGUGCAGUGAAUCAGUUCUCGGUCACGCGCUUCACGUGCUCUUCUUCCGAGACUUAAGAUCGUGCCGUCGAAAGGUCUUCUCUUUCUCGAGAAGGAUUUCGCGUGUUCCCCUGCACUGAUUGACCUCGUGGCGAGGAUCGCAGUGCGACCACAUCCUCCGGGGACAUCGCGAUAUCGGGGCAAGGUUACUGUGCGCUCGUCACGUCCCCAGGUGAGAAACGCAGGUGAGAAGAAUCACCGGGCAGGCGCAUCGAGAGGUGCAACUCUGCACCUGAAUUCGCUAUCUCCCCGGCUCCGGAGUAAGAUGCGAUCGGCGGGCACUCGCUUCGUACGUCGAUCGCGACAGUGUGGAACAGCCCGCAUCGAGCAUCGGGAUUAAAACGUCGGGUGUAUCGAAAAAGGAAAUCACUUGUCGUCGUAUUCGCGACGGAAGAGUUGGUGCAACGUAUCGAGAGCACGGAACAUCCCCGAUGACGCCAGCGAGAACGAACGAUCGUUGGCGCGAUUAGUCAAAAGCGAGUCGCGCGCGUGCGGGAAGGCAGACCGGACGUGCAGCAAGAUCGGGCGAUGAGAAUCUCCCCCCGAACGGUCGAGGAGUCCCGGAACCGUCGCCUCACGCAGCCCCGGACGCCAAGGAGGCCGGGACGUCGUUAAAGGCCUCCGUAGUCGCCGGAGAAACGCCGCGCUCGCGAGAAAGAGGCACUCGACGCACUCGAGGAUGUCGCUGCACUAUCCUCAGGGAUACCGGUACCGAUCCACGUCGAGGGCGGUCAGUGGGACCGGGGUCGGCGAGCAGGGCUCCGACAGCGACGUGGCGGAGCUCAGCGACCUCGAGGACGACGAGGACGAGGACGGGGCUCGCGAAUCUGUCAACAAGCGAGCGAUCGGGGAAGAAGACGAGGACGAGGAUGACGAUGGGGAGAACGAUAUGGACGACGAAGACGAUGACGACGACGACGACGACGAGGAUGACGACGACGAGGACGAGGAAGAGGAAGGCGAGGGUCUACCCUAUCCAGGCUUCAUUCCGAUCGUUCUCAGAUAUCUCGACCAGACCACACGACCGCGCAACUGGUGUCUUGCGCUGAUUACUAAUCCGUGGUUCGAAAGGGUGAGCAUGAUGGUGAUCCUCCUGAACUGCAUCACGCUCGGGAUGUACCAGCCGUGCGUGGACGACCAGUGUGUAACGAAUCGAUGUAAGAUACUGCAGAUGUUCGAUGAUAUCAUUUUUGCCUUCUUCUCCUUGGAAAUGACCAUAAAGAUGGUGGCGAUGGGGAUUUACGGUAAAGGAACUUAUCUCGCGGAUUCCUGGAAUAGAUUAGAUUUCUUUAUAGUGGUGGCUGGCGCUUUCGAAUACUGCCUAAACGUGGAAAAUAUGAAUCUGUCAGCCAUCCGAACGAUAAGAGUAUUAAGGCCAUUACGAGCGAUCAAUCGAAUACCAAGUAUGCGGAUACUGGUGAUGUUGCUGCUCGACACCCUUCCCAUGCUGGGCAACGUCUUGUUAUUGUGCUUCUUCGUUUUCUUCAUAUUCGGCAUUGUCGGCGUGCAGCUGUGGGAAGGCAUACUGCGUCAACGCUGCUUCCUCAAGGCUCUGCCCAAUGUCAAGUAUCCCGAGUUACUCUCGGACGAGUACUCGGUUCGAUCACGCAUUUACGAUCUGGAGAAGUAUUUCGAGUAUGGGGGUCAGGAUUACAUUUGUUCGCGUCCCGACGACAGUGGGAUGCACCUUUGCAGUAAUCUGCCGCCUCUCAAACUCGGGAACGUGGUGUGCAACAGUACCGCUGUGCCAAACAGUAACGUCACGUUCAUCAACAAUGAUACCUGCGUUAAUUGGAACUACUACUACACCGAGUGUAAGGGCCAGGGCAACAAUCCAUUCCAAGGAACAAUUUCGUUCGAUAACAUCGGUCUCGCCUGGGUCGCCAUAUUUCUUGUAAUCAGUCUGGAAGGUUGGACGGACAUAAUGUAUUACGUGCAAGACGCCCACUCAUUCUGGGACUGGAUAUACUUCGUUCUCCUGAUAGUCAUCGGCUCCUUCUUCAUGAUCAACCUCUGCUUGGUCGUAAUCGCGACGCAAUUCUCAGAGACGAAGAAGCGGGAAAUGGAGAGAAUGCGGCUGGAGCGCGCGCGUUACCAUUCGACCUCGACGCUCGCCUCGUCCACGAAUACUUCGGAGCCUGCUACUUGUUACGCCGAAAUCGUCAAAUACAUCGGCCACCUCUGGCGACGGGGCAAACGAAGACUGAUGAAGAGAUAUCGCUUGUGGGUGUACAAGAGGCAGCAGAAGCGGGAGCAGAAUCUACUUAAGGAACCGCAGAGUCAAGUACCUCGUUCGAAUACUGCUGCUGUUGGACCGAAUCGCGUACCGGGCGAUAGAAGACUACAUCAUGGGAGGUGUCCGCGACUCCUCGCCGCGCUAGAAUAUGCGGAGCAACAGCAGCAGCAACAGGCUACCAGUGGCAACGGCGGAUCUGUCAUCGAUUUCGCCACGAUCACAUCCCCGACGCAAUCAGCGGUGGCAAUCGCCGCCCCCGUGACCGUCGGCAAUAGCGUUGGUGGUAGCGGAAACCUGGGCUCCGCGCCUCGAGCCAGCCCCGAGGUUUCCGAGGCCGAGGCUUCCGCGAACAUGUACCACAGAUUGAGCGUCCAUCGUGCCUCCUCCGUAUCCUAUAACGGAAGCGACAACGCCGUUGUGGGAAACGUGGCCGAGACGAACAGCACGUUGUUGAGUCCACCAUGUACGCAUUAUCGGAGAAGAAGCAGCGUAAUGUUUAGCGACGUGGUACUGCUCCAUGGCAGCAAUAAUGUCGGGAAUGCGUUGCAGCCGGGGUUGACGGUGACACCGGGCGAACGUAACGUCUGCUCGAGCGAGAAGAUGACACAGACGGGCGAUGGUAACGUUUGGUCCAGUUCGCUGCCGGACCACGCACAGAUGCAAGCUGAGCUGGGUGGCAACGAGGCUAUGACGUGUCAGGAAUUGUUGGCUCUCAGCGGUGCUCUCAGCGCUGCUCUGCCCACCGGCCAGCUAGCACUCGAUUCGUUUCUGAAUUCUCUCACGAAAGGUAUAACAGAUCGUCACAUCACGUUGGAAGAUCGCACGCAAUGGUUGACGUCUGACGUUGACAAUUGUUCCUGUUGUUGCGAGCUGCAGGGAGGUGAUCAGUGGCCGGACGACGGUGAGAAGUUGCAAAAGUCCUCGCGGCCUAGACGGUUUCUGAGACGUGCCGGUAGCUGUUGUAUCUGCACCUUACGCUGCAUGAGACGGUGGAUCAAGAAACUUGUCGAGCACAAAUACUUUCAGCAGGGUAUUCUACUAGCCAUCCUCAUCAACACUUUGAGCAUGGGAAUCGAGUAUCAUAAUCAGCCGGAACAAUUAACGGUGGCCGUUGAGAUAAGCAAUAUCGUAUUUUCGGCAAUCUUCGCAGUAGAAAUGUUGCUUAAGGUAAUAGCGGAAGGUCCGUUCGGUUAUAUCAGCAACGGCUUCAACGUUUUCGACGGCAUCGUCGUCAUCCUGAGCGUCGUCGAGCUCUGCCAGUCAGUCAUAGAGGGCCGCGGUGGUCUUGGCGGUGGUAGUUCCGGUCUGAGUGUCCUACGUACCUUCCGCCUUCUCAGGAUCCUGAAGCUGGUGCGAUUUCUGCCCAAUCUACGACGACAGCUCUUCGUGAUGCUGCGCACCAUGGAUAAUGUUGCCGUAUUCUUUUCUCUUUUAGUACUUUUCAUCUUUAUAUUCAGCAUCCUAGGGAUGUACCUGUUCGGGGGUAAGUUUUGCAUGUGGGCGGACCGGAGUCGGCCCUGCACCUGUGCCGAGGUGGUCUCGCGGCACCCAAUGUGCCGCUGUGAUCGCAAACAUUUCAACGACAUCGUCUGGGCACUAGUCACUGUUUUUCAGAUUCUCACGCAGGAAGAUUGGAAUGUCGUCCUUUUCAACGGCAUGCAGAAGACGUCCCAUUGGGCUGCACUUUAUUUCGUAGCGUUGAUGACCUUCGGCAAUUACGUCCUCUUUAAUCUUCUAGUUGCCAUUCUUGUUGAAGGUUUCUCGUCAGAGAGAAAUGAGAGGAGAGAACGAGAGCAGAGAGAAUUGGCGAAAAGACUCGCUGCAAAAGAGGCUGGAAUGGGCAGCGAGGACGGAUCGUCGAGAGUAUCCGGAUCACAUUCGAUCUCUGACAGCGAUACGUAUACUCAGGAUCAAAAGAACUCGUGGCAGAGUGCAGAAGAGCUUAGGAAGUACAAGGAUAACAGGGAGAAGCAGAACAGCGUAUGGAAGCAGCGGAUCGAUGAACCUAAGUGUAACAUCCAGAAAGAGAGCAAGAUGAUGGGUGUGGCAGGUCAGCCGCCGAUAAUCACUCAUACGGCAGCUACUCCACAAGACUCCCCGAACACCACACUGGACGUCGGUUACAGAGACCUCAAUUGUCGAGCAGUUUAUCCGGCUGCUGCCCUUUCAAUCGAGUCGAUCGAUCGAUCCGGUAGUCAGUGCAGUAUACCCUCGGGGUUGUUAAAACUGCCCGACGUAUCCAACAAAAUACCGACGAAUAACUUAAUAGCUGGUCAAUUCCCGAGACGCAUAAGCCUCGUUACGGCCGUUGUUAAUCCCUCGACGAGGGACUCGAGUUCUAGCCCGCCGAGGGUACAAAGAGGAUACUCGUGGCGCUUGUCACGGCCAUCUUUACGGAGGAAACGAUGGUCGCAAAGCGAUGACGAACACACUGGCCAUACGACUGUACUCAAUAAUGGGCGCAGUACUCUCGUUGGAUCCAAUCUAACAUUUAAUGGCGGUUAUUUACACGGUUCGAUAAGAAAUGAUACUCAACGUGACGCGCCCAAUAAUCGAACUACCGUCCUGACAAGCAAUAAUCGUAGUUUGAGUCCUAAUAAUUCGCUCGAAAGUCAUGGCCCCUGGUCGAUUCGUCGUUACACAGUUACGCCUAAUCAGAUGCGAUGGAUCGGCGAGCUUUCGCGGAGGAAUUCCCUGCGCGGAUACGAGAAUGUCCAUACGUCUACGAGGAAGACGCUGCCAUUGGACGAGAUGCUCGCACCAUCAACCCCACGCACGAUCAACAAUCUCUCGAUGGAAACCGGUCCACUGCCGAGAAUUAAGCGACUCCACGAACAAGAAGAGGAACGUCCGAGAACGGGUGGCGAGCAGACGCCGCCGUCGAACGGUCAUGGUAGCGCGAGCAGCAUUGAGAAAAUAAAAAAGAUAUUCAUGUUUUUUGAACCUAAGGGCUGCCUGCAGGAGCGCGAAAACUAUUCCUUGUAUUUAUUCCCACCAAAUAACAGAUUUCGCAUUUUGUGUCAAUGGCUUGUGGAUCAAAAAUGGUUCGAUAACGUGGUAUUGCUAUUUAUCGGAUUAAAUUGCAUUACUCUGGCAAUGGAACGACCGAAUAUACCACCGAACAGUCGCGAGAGAGUUUUUCUAGCCUCCGCGAAUUACAUUUUUACUGGCGUGUUCGCCAUCGAGAUGUUCAUUAAGGUUGUCGCUACGAGUAUGUUGUAUGGUCCAGACGCUUAUUUCACAUCAGGUUGGAAUAUUAUGGACGGAUCUCUCGUUAUCAUUUCUAUAAUUGAUUUAUUGAUGUCGUUACUCUCGGCUAGUAGCCCUAGAAUAUUCGGCAUAUUAAGGGUAUUCAGACUGCUGAGAUCGCUGAGACCUCUGCGAGUCAUCAAUCGUGCACCUGGUUUAAAACUGGUCGUUCAGACAUUGCUGUCUUCAUUACGACCCAUCGGCAACAUUGUUCUCAUCUGCUGCACAUUUUUCGUGAUUUUUGGUAUUCUCGGGGUGCAACUGUUCAAGGGUGCGUUCUAUUAUUGCGAAGGCCCCGAUAUCAAGGAUGUACGCAAUAAAACGGAUUGCCUGGCUGACAAGCGAAACGUAUGGCUAAACAGGAAGUACAAUUUCGAUGAUCUUGGCAAAGCCCUUAUGUCGUUAUUCGUUUUAUCGUCGCGAGACGGAUGGGUAAACAUCAUGUAUACCGGUCUAGACGCUGUUGGAGUCGAUCAGCAGCCUAUCGAAAAUUACUCUGAAUGGCGACUAUUGUAUUUCAUCGCGUUCAUAUUGCUGGUGGGUUUCUUCGUGCUGAACAUGUUCGUCGGCGUGGUGGUCGAAAAUUUUCAUAGGUGCCGUGAAGAACAGGAGAAAGAAGAGCGCGUGCGAAGGGCGGCUAAGCGUGCGUUGCAGAUGGAGAAAAAGAGACGAAAGAUGCACGAACCGCCGUAUUACACCAGUUACUCUAAAUCGCGACUGUUUGUUCACAACGUCGUGACGUCCAAGUACUUCGACUUGGCGAUCGCCGCCGUUAUCGGUCUCAACGUCGUCACGAUGGCGAUGGAGUUUUACAUGAUGCCGAAAGCGCUCACUUACGCAUUGAAAAUCUUUAAUUAUUUCUUCACCGCCGUCUUCAUUCUCGAAUCCAUCAUGAAACUUGUCGCCCUCGGCGUGCAGCUUUAUCUGAAGGAUAAGUGGAACCAAUUGGACGUGGGAAUAGUGAUACUAUCAGUGGUCGGCAUCGUGCUAGAAGAGGUCGAAUCUAAGAUUAUCCCCAUUAAUCCCACAAUAAUUCGCGUAAUGCGAGUGUUGCGAAUAGCUCGAGUGUUGAAACUUUUGAAAAUGGCGAAGGGCAUACGUGCCCUCUUGGACACGGUGAUGCAGGCAUUACCGCAGGUCGGCAAUCUGGGGCUGUUAUUUUUUUUACUCUUCUUUAUAUUUGCCGCGCUAGGAGUGGAACUCUUCGGUCGACUAGAAUGCAACGAUGAUAUGCCUUGCCAAGGUCUUGGCGAGCACGCGCAUUUUAGUAACUUUGGCAUGGCCUUUCUGACGCUUUUCCGUGUCGCCACUGGUGACAACUGGAAUGGAAUCAUGAAGGACACGCUGAGGGACGAUUGCGACGAUGCGGCGGACUGUGUAAAAAAUUGUUGCGUGAGCACUAUCAUCGCGCCGAUAUUUUUCGUGAUUUUCGUUCUGAUGGCGCAAUUUGUACUAGUGAACGUCGUUGUUGCUGUGCUGAUGAAACAUCUAGAGGAAAGUCACAAACAGAUGGAGGACGAGCUCGAUAUGGAAACGCAAUUGGAGAGAGAAUUAGCGGCGGAGCAGGAAGAACUUCUUGAGGAGGAAGACGAGGACGACUUAGCGAUGAAUGGUAGAAUAGACGGUGAUGAAGAUGACGAUGAUGAUGAUAAGGAACGCGAGUCAAUGGUGGUGAAUGAAAAAAUACAUGUCGCGAGACCAGGAUUGGCCAAAGUUCGGUCUUUACCUGCAAAUUUUAUUUACAAUCCACCGAGGGAGAGAAACAUCGAUGAUGCCUCGAUUUCCGUGUCCUUGGACGAGAAACGUCGCAGUUCAUAUUACCGCAGUUCGAGUUCAAGACCGUCCAAGUUUAAAUCGAAACGCCGGCAAACCUUCCAUUCGAGCCACCACCAACGAAGGUCACUGCUGCCAAUGCACUUUGAGGUCGCCGAAGUCUUUGAGAAACCUGUGAGCAAUCUGAGCGUGCCUCGAAUUAUUUCACAUCGCAGCUACGCCACAACUAGUCAAGACAGUCGCGUACUACGUCAAAAGUCGCCGGUGACCACCAGUGAACCGCGUGAAAAUAAGUCUCUGUUAACCGUGAGCAAGCCGCCGACCAGCCCCUCGCUGAUCCCUUCUCCCGGCUCUAGCAGCACCCUAAGCGUCCCGCCGAAAUUGACCAGCGAUCGUUACCUCAUGCCGACCGCCGAGAUCUACCCGUCCAAGGCGACAAUGCGCCGCCGGACAUCGAGCGACACGCAAUCACCGUCGCAAUCGGAUACAAGCGCAGGCCCCGGUACUAGCAGCUCGCGAACGCCCAGCAUCGCGAAUGGCUAUGCCGGCGGCAAGAUUCGACUGGAGGAACCAAAGAUAAAGACAGACGAAAGAAGACGUCCGACGACGACGGCCCCUCCAGAAGACCUCGAUGUGCAGUCCGUUAUCAACGAGAGGAGGCCGUCCAAGUUGAAGACGCACGACGCCACCGGUGCGUCCACCACCACCAGCAUCGCCAGCGAUCAGUACAGCGCGAUGAUGCGCGGCGAGGGUUACAGCCAUAUCUACGUCACCACCGAGGACAGAUCCGACGAGGUCCCGUCACCGUGCGGCAAUGCAAGCGAGAGCACUGGCACCGGCAGCCUAAGCGUCGCUGGCAGCCUCAGCGCCGUUGCCAGCCUCAGCGUCGCCGUCAGUGCCGGUGCGGCUGGCAGCAUCAGCAACGGUAGUGUCAAUGAUAGCGGCAACGGCAACGGUAACGGCAACGGCAGCGGCAGCCGGAGCGGCAACGGCAACGGCAGCGGCAGCGGUAGCGGUAGCGGUAACGGCGGCGGGGUGCACAUCGGCGAGGGCGGCGCUAUCGGAUCUGACGUGAGAAUAUACGUGGACGACACGGAUUCGGCGAGCAGCAGUAACGAGCAACGGCGCGGCGGCAGAUUGCGCGACGACGAAACCCUGGACGUCUCGAACUCCUCCACUACGACGAUGCGAAACGGUAGAGGCAGCGGCGGCACGGACGAGAGCAAGGAGACACCCGAGAGACCGUCCUCCACCGGUGGAUCGUUAGAUCCCUCUUAAUCCAGGGCGAACGAGCCGAUGUAGUCUGUAAACAUGGGAUAUUACAUGUUAUACACAUGGUACACAUUGCACGGCGGAAACACACCAUGACGGAAGAUCACGGGGAAGAGGUUUAAGAAAGGGCUCUAAGAAAGACUGUAGUGCAUGACAAUAUAGUCGUUAUAUUCUAGUCACUUCGCCGCCGUGAACUUGCCAAAAUGAACAAGUCGAGCAUUUAGAGGGAGGUUGAACUAUUUGGGAACAGGAGCGCGAGGGAGAGAGUACGAAAAGAGUAUCUCGUGCAUCGCGUAAACGAGAUACGAUCGCGAAUGGCAUGAUGUAAUGUAAUUAGAAGAAUCUACCGAUGUAUAGCGCAAAAAAAUCGGCUACGCAAAACGCGCGACGUGCGCGCAUCGCGUAACUUGAAAACCUAUGACAAUCUCUUAUUGCCAACGGAACUGAUCUCAUUGUUCCGUUUCCGAAGCGUCGAUGGAAAUCGAUUCGUAGGAAUUGGUAGGAAGAACGACGUAGAUCGCGUCGAUAAAAAUUAGAAAAAAAAGAGAGAGAAUUUCAGUAGUUUAUAGCUAGAUUUUAUGUCGAGUCUACGCGACAAAACUGCAAUUAAUUGGACCACACCUUCUCGCCUUUCCUUAUUCUCUAACUCUUGAAAAAUUGCGCGCGGUUCGCCGAUUGGAAAUCAAAGAUGUCUACAAUCGAUCGAUGUGGAUUGCAUUCUAGUCACUGGAUGGACUAACGGGAAUGAUAAUUAAAUUGGACUGAUGUAAAUUUUUUGCGAUUACAUAUACAUGUGCCUGAUUUUUUAACUAAAAUAAUCAGAUUUAUAUAAAUUCAAAUUUAUCUAGUUUAGAACGGAUAUGAUAAUUGUUAUUCUUACAAUUAAGUCAGAAUAAUAUAGAGACUUUGAUUUUCACGAAUAAUUUCUUUUAACCGGAAUUAAAGAUUCGAUCGAUCAAUUGUGGCGAUUGUUGGACAAUCGGCGUUCGAGAAUCGUGAUUUAUCUUCGUUUCGUUCACUUCACUCUUUUCACACACUAGAGCGUUCUUCUCGUUGACAUCUGUGAUAUACUUUAAUCGUAGCGUAUUUCCUAACGGUAACAGCAAAUAUCAGAACGAAAUCGUAACAUCCAGCAGCAGCAGCAGCAGCAACAACAACAACAACAAGAACAGCGGCAGCAAGGAACAGCAACAAUUUAGGGAUGUAGCUGACUUUUUAAUAAAACGAAAACCAAUGUUUCGGUGGCUUUCGUGGGGCGUAAAAAUAGAGAGACAAAACAAAGAUAAAUAGGAACUCUAUACUGUACAUACAUACAUCUACGAAUAUUCUAUACUCUACACUUGGUGUGGUUUAUUUUGAUACUACCGCGUGCGGUAAUAUAUUUAACGAUUGUCGAAGUAAGUCUAACAAAAAAAAAAGAAAUAAGAAUAAACAACUCUAUGCCUUUUACGAGCGUUGACGAACCUUCGUGCGGUGGUGGUGCCCGCGUUUUUUUUUUUUUUUUAGCGAAAGGGCGACCGACGACUCCAACUACCCUUUGUCGGGUCGAAGGUGUAGUCGCUAAAAUCAUGUUGAGACGCGCCGGGCGCGUCACAUCGCUUGAACAAAAAAUUAGUAAUCGUCGACCAAUCGAUCGCUCGGUUAAUAUUGCGUUUCAUUUAAUAAGUCUAACAUAAUCUCGAAUCGAGCGGCGUUUUUACGUUGAGUUUAAGUGGAAUUCCUGGUCCAAUGCUGAGCGGAACAAUUAUUGAAUCUUCGGUGAAAAUAUUAUUCUGGUGAACACAUAGUGGUUCCAAGGAGUUGCACUUAACAUCAGAAUGGCUGAGAAUUUGCUAGAAGAAUAGUUUCUUAUAUAACGUGAAUAUAACUUGAGAAAAAUUAUCAUAUAGAGUAUAAGUUUAAAAAUAUAUUGUAACUUCGUUGUGUCUCGUUUCUUGAAUAUUUUCGAUGGUAUUUUAUCGUGAACUACAUUUCCUACAUUUCACUUAAUUAUUUCUAAAGAGACCGACUUUCACAGAUCGGGAUAUUCCAAAUAGUGUUUAAAUAAAAUGUAUGAUUUACACAGCUUAAAAUUUCGUGUUGUUACGCAAUGUUACGCAAUGUUACGCAAAAGAGAAAGUAAGACUUGAAACUUUUACAAAAUUGCAAACUUUAUAAAAUUUAAAAAGAAUAUGUAAUGAUAAUUGUCUUUGCCGUUCUGGUGGUAAUAAAUCUCAACUGGAAAACGGAGUAGCGCAAAACAUACGUAGCAAGCAUAGAAAGAAGCAACGAGCGAUUCCGCAUUGCUGUCAGAUCAUGUUAAGUUAAAUCCGGACCAAGCAAAUGAACACGAACGAACGCGAAUGAACAAUGGUAGGCACCGUUUGCACUUAUUGAAGCAACUUGUUCAUUCGUGUUUGUUUGCUUGGUCUAUAGAUCCGGCUUUAGACAUUUUAAGGAAAGUAGAUAAUCUCGUAUCCAUGUGCUUACGUACUUGCGUUUCUUCGGCACCACGACCGGCUCUCGAUAGCUCGAUAGCGUUAGACGACUGACCUCCGAAUUAUAGUUAACUCUAGACACGCGCCGAUUACGAUCGUGCGCGAGUUUGCCGAUCAGCUGCACACGUAUCGAUAGUCCGGCAAUUGCGUACUAUAUUAAAAAAAAAAAAAAA